UAAAAAAUGUUUUUUUUUUAUCAAUAAUCAUUUAUUAAUUUAACGAAAUUAUGUCUGUUCUAACCAUUUGUUUUGGUACUUGUGGAAUACGUUUUACACAUAGUCUUUAUUCCACUAUUUUUAAUGACAUUAACGCUUUUGAUCCUAUUGUUACUCAACACGUUAACGAAGAGUAUAAGCAUAUAAGCGAAUCUUAUUUCUUUGAAUUAAAAUCUAGUGGUUAUUUGGAACCCAGGUCGGUUUUAAUAGAUAUAGGAGAUCCAAAUAUUGGUGAAACCUUAAAAAAAUCAAAAAAUUGUAAUUGGGGAUUUGGACAAAAUGCAUUAGGAUUUAAUUUUAUUGAAGGAACAACAAAUAACUGGUCAUACUGCUAUUAUGUCAAAGGUCCUGAAAUGUUUGAAGAUGUUUCUAGUCGAUUGAGAUUUGAAAUAAAUAAAAUUGAUCAAAUUGAAUAUUUUUUAAUAAUAUUAUCACCUUCAGGUGGUUGUGCUGGAUCAGCAUGUUUUAUACUUGAGAAAUUAAAACAGGAUUUCCCCAAAAUUUCUUUUAUUGUUGUCUUUAUUAUACCAUAUCAGUCUAAAGAUGCUAUCCAAAAUUAUAAUACUUCAUUUACUAUAAGCAAAUUGUAUAGUAUUUCAGAUUGUAUUUUUUCAUUUGAAAAUUCUGUUUUACAAGAAGUUUGUCAAGCUGGACAUUCAGAGGUCAAAGUUUCAUUUGAUGAUUUGAAUCAAAUAGCCACCAAACAAUUAAUAUCUAUUUUUCAACCAGUUGAACAUCAAACGUUCCCUUAUUUUCUGUCACUUGUACAUGAUCAAAAAUAUAAAUUUUUAAGAUUAAUGUCAUCUCCUAAUUAUAGAAAAGAAUAUUCUUCUUAUGAAUCAACUCCCAGGUGGGAAGCAAUUGUGAAUCAAACUAUACGUUCAUUAAAUGCAUCACAUACUGUGUCUUUUGGAAAUUUUGUUGUAUAUCGAGGUGCUACUACCAAUGAUGUUGAUAAAUUAAAUUUUUGUGGAAAGUUAAAUACUUUAUCAUUUUCAAAACAUAUUCUAGAGGAACACAAAUUUUCACAAAUGUUUCAGCAGAGACAUUUUAUGGGUUCCAAAUAUUUAAGUGUGUUGUCAAAUAAUUCUACUAAUGUUUCUGCUUUAAACUCUGUAGUAAAAUUAGCCAAACGGGCUUUUUCCCAUAAAGCAUUUGUACAUCAUUAUAUUCAAUAUAAUACAAAUAUCAACGAUUUUAAAAACGUUUUUUCUAAUGUGAACCAAAUUAUUAAAGACUAUUAUGAAUUAGAGUGAUUUUACACUUCAUACUACCUAGUUUCGUUUUAAUUUUAUUAACUAUUAGAUCUCAACAUUUAGUAAUAAUAUUUUCUAGUCAGUUGUCACAAAUUAGUCUUAAGGUGUUCCUAGAUAGUUUUUCACUUUAUUCCUGUUUUUAACGAACAUUUUAAUUAUUGAUACCAAUUAUUUUUUAUAAAAUCUAUUAUUUAUUUUUUUUUUAGUGUGCGUUUUACUGAAAUUAUUGUACAAACUUGAGUGUCAUUUUAACAUACAAUAAAUCAUCUUUUUAGUUUUGAUAAAACACACUUUUGUGUUUAUUAUUUAUAUUAUUUUUUAUUUUCAUCCCCUAUUUAGUUGAAUAGUUUAAUUUUAGCUCACAAUAUUGCAGAAAAUGUAUAUUAACAUUUGAAAUUGUAUGAAACUGUGUUAAUGAGUGUAUGACUGACUUUUCUAAAUACUAUGCCAGGUUUACCAAUAUUCAUUAGUAUUUAAUUUAAUGAACCCAUAAUUAUUUUGUAGUUGCUUAAUUAUGAAAUAGGAAUCUAUUAUUUAUUGGUCAUUUGGUCCACAAUAUGUAUGUUUAUGGUCUUUUAAAUUAAUUUAAACUGUUGUGGAACCAUUAUAUAAAUUAAUAGAUAUUUAGUUACUGUAAACAUAUAACAUUGUUACAUUUCAGGUUUUUUUUCAAUAGUACCUAAAUAAAUCGUGUAUGAUAAAAUUAAAAAAAAUACUAAAUAAAUAUGCCUACUCCAUAUACGCCUAUUCAACUACUGUUAUUAUCAUUAACUUGGCUGUAAAUAAGGGAUUAUCAGCCUAAUAUUUAAUUUUUUUGUUUUAUAAACAGUUAUCAUUAUUAGUGUUUUAGUCCUCACAAGUGUUUGGUUAUUUCAAGAUUUUUAUGUAUUAUCUUUUGGUUUUUGUUUCUCAACAUCAACAUACAAUCAUCUCAAUUUUCUUAUGAGUGAUUCAUGUCUAUUCAGUUGAACACCAAUCAAGUUGAAUAGGUGUACAUGAGGUUUUUAUAUAAAUCAAAGGUAACAUUUUUAAAUAAUGUACACAAGGCCUUUUUUUGUCUAUCACUAUUUAAUCAUUAUUAUUGAUCAUAAACUUUUUAUUCUUUACUUAAUAAUUCCUUUAUAAGUUAUGGCUUUAUAAUUUUUUUUUUAUAUAUAUAUAUAGUAUACCUUUUGGUUCGGUUAUAAAAUUAUAAUUUGAUAAAAGGGGCCUAUAACAUUCUUAAAAUAUUAUUUUAAACGGUUCUUUUUUUUU